CGUCUCUCUUUCUCUCUCCCACCCACACUCCCACACUCCACACACAAUCGCACAAAAGGACUUCGCAAGCAACAAAGGUAUAACUAGCAUUCCACUUCUCUAACUGCAAACAUGAGCUACUCCGGCGAAGUCUACUCCAGCAGUUCCUAUCGGAAGAUCUUCGGGGAUGCGCCCCGGAACUCCGGCCGCAUGACCGUAGGCAGCAGCCCCUCUCGCCUGUCCAGCGGAUUCCGCUCCAGCAGCGCAAACCGCAACUAUGGCUCCCCAUCCAUGCUCACAUCCUCCGGCUACCGCAAGGUGGGCGCCGGGCGCAACUUCCACUCCUCCAUGUCCGACUCUAUGGACCUGAACCAGUCCACGGCCGUCACCAACGAGAUGAAAAUCAUCCGCACCAACGAGAAGGAGCAGCUCCAAGGCCUGAACGACCGCUUCGUCUCCUUCAUCGAGAAGGUCCACAACCUGGAACAGCAGAACAAGGUGCUGGAAGCCGAGGUGACCAUGCUGCGCCAGCGCCACACUGAGCCCUCCCGACUGCACGACCUGUACGAGCAAGAGAUCCGCGAGCUGAGGGCGCGCGUCGAGGAACUGACGCACGAGAAGAGCCAGAUGCACCUGGACUGCGUGCAGAUGAACGAGACGCUGGACCGCGUUAAGCAGAAGCUGGACGAGGAGACGAGGCUCCGCGAGGAGGCGGAGGGCACCCUGAUAAGCUACCGCAAGGACGUGGAUGAUGCCACGAUGUCCCGGCUCGAGCUGGAGAAGAAAGUCGAGUCGCUGUUGGAUGAGAUCGCCUUCCUCAGGAAAGUGCACGAGGAGGAGCUGCAGGAGCUGCAGGCUUCCCUGCAAGCCACACAGGUGUCAGUGGAGAUGGAUAUGAGGGAGGGUAAACCCGACCUGGCCGUGGCCCUGAAGGACAUUCGUGCCCAGUACGAGGUCCUAUCAGCCAAGAACCAGAACCAGGCAGAGGAGUGGUACCGCUCCAAGUUUGCCAGUGUGAAUGAGGCGGCCGCCCGCAACCAGGAUCAAGUUAAGCAUAGCAGGGAGGAGCUAAAUGAGUACCGCAGGCAGGUGCAGGCCCGUACCCUGGAGAUCGAGGCCCUCAGGGGCCACAAUGAGGCCCUAGAGAGGCAGAUGGCUGAGAUGGAAGACCGCCACAGCAACGAGAUGGGAGAGAUGCAGGAGACCAUCCAGCAGCUUGAGUCUGCCCUCCGCAGCACCAAGGGUGAGAUGUCCCGUCAUUUGCGUGAGUACCAGGACCUGUUGAACGUCAAAAUGGCCCUGGACAUUGAGAUCGCUGCUUACAGGAAGCUGCUGGAAGGUGAAGAGUGCCGUCUGAGUACAGUGGGGGGAAAUAUCCUGCAGUCAGGCUACUCUGGCUUCUCCUAUUCGUCCGGCCGCUCCUACGCCUUGGGUUCCUCUGCCCCCUACAGGAUGAGGGGAGCCAAGCCUGAGGAACCAGAGGAGGAGGAGGAUGAGGAAGAGAAGGAGGAAGAGGAGAAUGAGGAGGAAGGAGAGGAAGGAGAGGAGGGAGAUGAGAAUGCAGAGGAGAAUGGAAACGGUGAUGAGGAGGAAGAGGAGGAUGAGGAGGAGGAAGAUCAGAAGAAGACAGAUGAGAAGAAUGGCAAGAAUGAGAAGGAUGAGAAGAAGGGAGAGAAGGGAAGUGCUCCCAGCAAGAGCACCAAGAGCUAAACUGCUUGUGUCAUCGAUCAUCAAUGCCUUUCGCACUACUACAGUCCACUCAUUCACUCAUAUGGAUCUUAUCCCUUCCCCGUCACCUCAUCUCUGUUUCACAAGGACACACACACAAACACACUUACCGUACCCACGCCAGAUGCCUCACACACACGUACCUUCUCCUCUGUUUCUCUGGGUCUCAACAAUCAGCUGUGUGGUGGAAAACAGAAAGACACAUCACAGAGAGGAACAUACUGUUGGUGUAUUACCCUGACAGAAGAUAAACCUGUAGCUAGAUUUCCUGAAUAGGGUGCUCGGGAUCCUAUGUCACAGUUUUACACCAUAGAUGAUGGUUAUCACAGAACAGAGAGCAGAGAGAAGGUGCUCAACAUUAGGGUAGUAAGCCAGUCAGUCAGUCAGUAAGAGAAUGCCUUAAAGCAAGUAUGAUGUCAUAUUAAGAGGUCAGGAAUAAUAUUGCCCAGUAACGUCCUGUCUUUAUGUGCCAUUAAUGAUGUGAAAUGUGGUGAAGAGUCGUUGUAAUCUUGAAAAUAUUAGUAGGGUUAGGAUCCUGGUAGUAACACACAGACUACAUUAUGCACAGAGGUCUGGAGCAUAAAACUUGAUCAACUUUUACCAGUCCAACUUUUAAAGGUGCUUUUGAUUUCGACAAAGAAAAGUUGCAAAUGUCUAGAGAAAUUCAUUGUAGAAAAUGCUUUGUAAACCUUUUCAUGAAUGUUAGUGUAUAAUAUUGGGGACACAGAAAUCCAGAUAAUUCCCGUAGGUGCAAUAAUGUAUUUUGAGCUGCAGACACAAACUGGCACACUGAAUGCUCCUCACUCCUCUUUUUUUCAUUCACAUGUGAAAUAUAUAGAAUGUUCAGUCCAUUGACCCACUUUCUUUUCAUCGCCAGAAAACGAAACAUUUCACCAUUCACCUUCCCACCUCUCUCUGUCACUGCGACGGUCAGAGCUCUGCGAAAUGACAACAUCAUAACUUUUAUUUGGGAGGUUUCUAUUUUCAAAGGUAGGCGAUAAGUGCAUUGUGCAGUGAUUCUUCUGUUUUCAGAAGGGCACCUUUCAGGAAUGAAAAAUGUAGAGUUUUAAAAUGCUACUAUUUAUCACAUUAUACCCUUAUAUUUGAUGUAGAAAUACCCCCUCUUGAUUGAUUCAUUUGUCACUGAAUGGAUAUGCCCUGCCCUGCCCUGCCCUGCCCUGCCCUCCAAGUAAGAUAACUCACUCCAAACCUGAGGUAAAUGUCUUUCCUAGGCCCUUCCUUUCCCACGGAGUCUUGUUUGUUUACUGGGGGAGUGUGUGUUGUUUGCAUCCCAAAUGGCACCCUAUUCCCUAUAUUGUGCACUACUUUUGAUCAUGGCCCAUACGGCGCUGGCCAAAAGUAAUGCAUUACAUAGGGAAUAGGAUGCCAUUUGAGACACCGCCUGUGGGUCCUUUUAGCAGUGUGCUCUGUUCCAGACAGUGAAGAGGCCUGUGGCUGUUCUAACAGGACAGCUGGGGGUGACAGUGAGUGACAGACAGCCCUCCACUCUGACUGCAGGACCAGUUGGCAGCCGGUCAAGAUGCCACUGGAGUCAUGAUUGGUCACAUGGUGCAGAGCCACAGAUAAGGGCUAUUAUCACAAUAUACCCCCUACCACCACCACCACUGCAGUCUGAGAUGGACAGCAACAGUAUGUAUACCCCAGGCAGACAUGUCCUAGCUGCAGGAGAGGGACCAUAAUAGCAUAUUGUAAGUUAGCUCUGAUAUGACUGGUGCCAAGCUAUCCAUAUCAGGACUAUCUGUGGGUCAGGGUACAGUGACUGUGUGGGUUGAUAUGUAAGGCUUAAAGAAUAGGUGUAAAUGUUAAAGACAGAGACAUGUAUGGUGUACAGCGAUAAAAUGAAUAGUGUUGCAGGAUGUGUAUUCAGGGAAAGAAUAAUAAAUGGAAAAAUACAAAUGGAUGGAGAGCACAGGGAAUUUUUUUGUAAGAAUUUGGCCAAUGUACUUUAGAAUCCUAUACAGCAGUAAAAUUACCUGUCCUCUCCAACAUUUUUGUAAACUUACCGUGGACAAAUGUAUAGCUUGACAGAAUGUUAAAUGUUCUUUUUUGAGACUGCCGCACACUGUGGAAGGCCUUCCUUAACUGUUCGAGAUUCCACUCUUUUUUCCUUUCUUUGAGAAAUGAAUCAAUCGACAAGCAUUGACUGCAUGGCCUGAUUCUUGGAGCAUUAAAACUGGGCAUGGGAUAGAUUUCGCUUGUUGAGUGUAAAAAAAGAAAAAGAAAUUGCCUUAACCAUGAUCAAAACAAUAAAAAUAGUUUUCACUUGCAUUUCACAUGUUUCUGAGGUGGUUCAGGAGCGUUGAGCGUUCAUUCUGCUAUACUACUGUGACUGUAUGUGCUGCUAUCUCAUGCAGUGGUAUUCCUCCCAAAGCCAAAUAAAGCCAUUUAUUAACCAAACACUUACAA